AUGGAGACAAUGAAUGUUGGAUCCUCGUUCUUGCAUGAUGAAGCCGCCUAUGGAGAGGAGGAGUAUGAGGAUGUAGCUGAGGAAGGAGAAGGGUUGAUUGAACCUCGCCAUCCCGGUCGGUCCGCCAACUACACCAUAGCGGAGGACAAGUUGCUUUGCAAGACGUGGUUGACAAUUGGAAUGGAUCCAACAACCAGUACCGAUCAAACAAGAGAAACAUAUUGGAUGAGGAUGACGGAGUACUUCAACACACACAACACAAGUGGGCACGAGCGAACCAUGCGCUCACUUCGGUCCCGUUGGUCCGGCAUCAACACCGAUUGCCAAAAAUGGGCGGGCGUGCAAGCCAACAUCGAUGUUCUCAAUCUUAGUGGCACAAAUGAGAAUGAUAGGAACUCUAUGGCUCAAGGAUUGUUUAGGGAUGUGGGAAAGAAGAACAAGAAAGGCAACAAGAUUCUUGGCAAACCAUUCACCUUGCAUCAUUGCUAUGAAGUGCUAGGGAAUGAAGAGAAGUGGAAGACGCGCGGCAAGUUGGAUGCGUGUCCUCACUCCGUCAACAAUGGGCGGAAGAAUGUGCAUGGUAGGAAGACCGCCAAAGAUAUGAAGGGAAAGAAGGCCGGAGAUGAUGACAUUGCCAUUGCUAUGGAAAGGAUUGCAAAUGCAAGGUUGCAAGCAAAUGAAGAUAGGAAGAUGCAAAGAAACUUGGAGAAAGAGGCUAUGGAUGCUAUUGAAGCAAGGAGAGCCGCUUUGGAGGAGAGGAUUUCCGCCAACGAGGAGAGGAAGUUGGUUUUGGAGGAGAAGAGGCAAACCAUCGAGGAGCAUGCACGCCUAGCGGAGGAGGAGAGGAAGAUUUUCUUGAUGGAUACUUCCCAUAUGGAUGAGAGGCAAAAGGAGUACAUCAACCUUCUUCGCGAUGAAGUGUUGGCGAAAAAGAGAUUGUUGAAAAAGGGCUUCAUAUUCAUGAAACGACUAGUUUUCCACGCUCUUCAGUUUGGGGCAAAUAUAAUUCUUACUCUGUCUCAGACCCAGAAUCCUUAG